AUGACGGGUAGAAGUGGCAGGCAGUUCGAUUUUUUGCACACUGAGCCCGACACGGACAACGUUGGCGUUCAAUAUGUCCAACUCGACUCGCAUCAAGGCUCCAUUAGGCACGAUGAUGAUUCUCUACCCGACCAACGAACCCCGACCGCCAAUACCUAUGCUCGAGUCCCUGCCGACGACCGCGAGGACCCCUUCGCAGGCCCUCAAUGGGAAGCAGGCCUUUCUUCGGAGACAAUAGAGGCACGCUCAGGCUUACAAUUCACGCGCUCCCAGGCGAAUGCCAACAGUCGCAGCACAGAUUCCUUGGAGGUGGAGCACACGAGAGUCCGCCAAGGUGGUGCCAGUCCUUUCGGAGAUCCUCACCCUGAUGCGAAUGGUGGAUUACCAAAAGCGCUUUCUCCACUGAAAACACGCCAGGGGGACCCGCUGGACCUUUCAAAUAGGGCGCCGCUCAAGCAGGUUGAGGCCCAGUCCCGGCAUCGACACGCUGCAUCCGACACAUCCGAUUCUGACUCGUCGGCGUCGCUGCUCACUAGCUCUUCGACAGAGAAGGUUGGGGAGUUACUGAAGCCUCCGGGUUUGUGCAGCAGGAACUCGAGUUCCUCGAGCAUUGAUAUCCUGAUGCCGAUGUCAGACGUAGAGAGAGGGGCUGAGAGGGAUGAGAAAAGGCACAGGAGGCGAAGCGGGCUGGGACUGUACGAGUUUCCACCGCCGGAAGUUUCGACGAGCGCAGCGGACUCGCAGCGACCCACUGUCAAGAUGAAGCUGCCUGGAAGCCCAGACUACAGGGAAAUUUCGCCAACGCGACAUGGUUUCCACCGAAUGGAAGACUCGGAGCAUGGCCUCAACUCGAGUGCCUUCACGUCUCCCACUGUGACGGAUUAUGAAGACUCGACUGACGAGUAUGAUUGGUCUGGAGAAGAAGAUUUGGCUGACGAAGCCAGCAAAUACGUGGAGAGGAUAGGACAAAAGCCAAAGAAGAAAGGAUGGGGACCAAAGAGGAUCUUCGCGCUUGCCUUUUCCUCACUGAUUGGAUCGACAUUGACCGCAGGCAUAGUCGCCCUUCCCGCCAUCCUCGUCCAUUUUUACUGGUACGAAGCAGACCCCACAGACCACCGGAAAUACGUAGACCAGAAUGUGCAAGCAUGGUUGUUCUGGGUCGCUGCCAACAUCGUCGUCUCAUGGUACCUCGCUAUGAUCAUCGAUCUCGUCCCCGUCAUCGCUCUCUACCUCUUGUCAGCCGUCUGGGGCCACAUAUCCGAGACCGUCAAAACGAGGGUCGAGAUGUACAAUGCUGUCAAGGAUACCUUCAAACCCGCAUUUUAUGCCGCGAGCUGGAUAGCUUCUUGGGUUAUCAUCUUUGCUCAUAUAUACGGCCUGUAUAGUUUGGACGACGAGGAAGAGAGCAGAGCUCCCUACACCGAUAGAGCCUACCAAGUUGUUCUCUUCCUAUUCUUCUUCGUCCUCGUUGUUUGCAUUCAAAAGAUGCUGACCCAUUUUGUCGCAUGGAACUUCCAUCGCACAGCAUACAAAGACCGAAUCGAAUCAGUCGAAGCUUGCCUUGCUGUCGUAGAGAAACUCCAGCAGUACAAACCGAAACGACAUUAUCCCAAAGCAUCGUCCGGGUCUCGAACUCCCAUGUUUGGCUCAAGCCGGUACAGCCAAAGCUACGACAUGAACGUCGUCAAUGCCCGUCUCAGCGCUAUCACUCCAAGACCACCACUUUCACGGUUGGCAUCCGCUGUUACGACUAUCAGCCAACUCGGAUCUAGCGACCAUGGCCACGACGGGGAUGUUGAAGAUGGCGACAAGACCCUGAUUGGCGGCGUUGACGGCAAGAAGAAGUUGAAGAAACAAAGGAAGACAACGAGCUGGUUCAGAAAGUCGAAGAAGCAGACGGACGCAGAGACGGCCAUAUCCCUGCGCGAGUUGGCUACUGAAGAGAAGAGAACUACUCCAACCGAGUUCGAGCGGAUCCAUAUUCACCCUCCUGAUGCUUCGCCUAUUCCGUCCCGGCCUGGUUCUCCGGGGCCUGGAGGUCCCUCGAGGAGUAGGCGAAGUUCGAUUGAUAGUCGACAUAGGAGGAUGCAUUCCGAGGCGGAGGAUCAUACUCUGGUAAAAACGGCAAGGGUGAUCAAGAAGGCCGUCCUACAUGAUGCUCGAAACAUCAGAGGGAAAGAUAGGGAUUUGUCAAGUUUGGCGUGGAAUAUCAAUUCGACGACGGAAGCCAAGCGACUAGCACGAUCCCUGUUUUACCGCCUACGAGACCGUCGGAGAAAGUACCUCAUCCCCGCCGACUUCUAUCCAGUUUUCCCCACCAAAGAGCAGGCUGAAGAAGCUUUCGCUGUUUUCGACACGGACCACAACGAUGAUCUCUCUCGCGCAGAGAUCAAGCGGACCCUGGUUAGAACCUAUCGCGAACGACGGUUCUUGUCCCGAGCGCUGCGCGACGCGGGAGAAGCUGUCAAGACCCUCGAUAGGAUUCUGCUGGCCUUUGCGCUGAUUAUUCUGUUCUUCAUCAGUCUAAGUGUGUUCGGAGUCGAGGUUGGCGAUUCUCUUUCGAGCGUGUACUCAAUUUUUAUCGCCGCGAGCUUCAUCUUCAAGAGUUCAGCGAGUAGAGCGUUUGAUGCGAUUAUGUUCUUGUUUGUGACCCACCCCUAUGACACCGGUGACCGUGUCUUUGUUGACAAUGAGAACCUUGUCGUGAAGAAAAUGGGGCUCUUUGCUACCAUCUUCACUCGUGCCGAUGGAACAGAGACAUAUUACUUCAACAGCCAGUUGUUCAACAAGUUCAUAACUAAUGUCCGCCGGAGCGGAAAAACGACAGAAAUGCUGCAUAUGCAAGUUGCCUGGAAGACCCCACUAACCAAGCUUGAUGCUUUGGAAAAGUGCUUGAAUGAUUGGUUAUCGACGGAGGAAAAUCGUUGGUACCAACCUCAGACUGGAGUGACUUUACAGCACAUUGUGUACCAGAGGUAUCUCCAGUUAACGAUCGGUAUCGCGCAUAAUGGCAAUUGGCAAGACUGGGGCUUGCGCAACGCACGAAAGACAGCCUUCCAUGCUGCUGUUCAGUAUUAUUGCCGUGAACUUGGUAUCACCGGUUACGAAGCACCUAUACCCAUCGUUUUCGACGAACCGGAUGUCAAAUCCUCGCCUGCCCCAGAUGACGAUACGACUUCGAUGUAUACUGCCACUCCUGGUGCAACCGGCGAUCGCAGGUUCAGAGACGAGAUUGAUGAAGCAGCGAAGAAUGUCAAGCCUUCGUUGGGCUUCCUUCCUCCUCUUCCUGAGCGAUCUUCACAUUUGGCAAGGGCUAGGAAGAGCCACAGGAGUAAGAAGCAUAACCUUGGCGCUAUGAAUGCCGAGUGUUAGGCCAUUAUUUUCAAUUCGACAUUUACAUGGACUAUGAAAUACCUUUCACAUAGAGUUUCUAGCAUAUUUAGAAUUCUCUUGCCUGUUGUUUUAACGUACUCUUCAAAUACCACUGGAAUGGAUGGAUUGCA